CCAAUCCUUUCUUCAAAUUCUUCUACCAAUCUUCCUUUUAGUUUCUUUUUGUUUUUAUGUUAAUCCUACCACUAUUUGGAUAUAUAUAUUGACAGAUUAAACAUGGAAGUAAAGGAUGCGUUGAGUGAAGCUGUUCUUGAAGUUCUUGACAAAGAUAAUUAUGUGGAAUGGAGUAUUCGAGUACAAACCUAUUUGAUGGCUCAAGAUCUUUGGGACACAGUUGAAGCAACCACUGAACCUCCUAAGCAAGAAGAUGAUGAAGCUACUUUCAUGGCUUGGAGCGAGAAGAAUUCCAUGGCUUUAAAUGUGAUCCAGAAAUCAUGCCGGCCGGACACAUUAUUUGAGAUCAGGGAGAUUAGUUCAGCUAAUGUUGCAUGGAAUACUUUGGCAGUAAAGUACAACGUCCCUAAAAAGACUAGCUCAGCUGUUCUUCAAGUUCUGGAGAAAGAUAAUUACGUGGAAUGGAGUGUUCAAGUGAAAAACUAUUUGAUGGCUCAUGAUCUUUGGGACAUAAUUGAAGCAACGACUGAAGCUCCCAGGCGAGAAGAUGAUGAAGCUGCUUUUAGGGCUUGGAGCAAGAAGAACUUCAUGGCCUUACAUGUCAUCCAGAUUUCAUGCGGAACAGACACAUUUUCUAGUAUUAAAUGGAUUAGUACCGCAAAAAAUGCUUGGGAUACUUUGGCAGGAAAGUACUAUAACGUGCCUCAAACUUCUAACUCAGGCAGCAACGUUAACCAAAAUGUUGACCAUGAGGUCCUAAACAAGGCUGUGCGAAGUGGCAAUUGGAACGCUGUAGAGGUAUUUCUUAAGCGGCAUCCGGGUGCAGCGGGUGUGAAAAUCACAAAUUUGGGCCAAACGGCUCUUCACGUUGCUGUUGGUGCUGGGCAUGAGAAUAUAGUGGAGAAGUUAGUCGUUAAAAUGUCGGAAGGAGAAUUGGCAGUAAAAAAUGGUUAUGGCGACACAGCUCUUGCUGAUACAAUUUAUAAGGGAAACUACCGAAUGGCAGUGUGCAUGCUUAGAAAGAACGUGAACUUGGCCAGCAUUAAAAAUUCGGCAGAUGAUCUUCCAGUUGUUAUGGCUAUUUAUUAUGGCCAUAUAAAGUUGGCUCGCCAUCUCUAUUCUCUUACUCCGGAGGAAGAUCUCAUGCCAGAAAAAGGCAUAGACGGCGCUACACUUUCUUGCCAGGCUAUAUAUACCGGAACUUUAGAUAUUGCUUUGGAUUUAAUCGAGCGUUGUCCACGAUUGGCUCUUGCUAUGGACAAAGACGAUCACAGCCCUUUGUACGCAUUGGCUUCUGUGCCUUUUGCAUUCCCGAGUGGAAAUCGGCUCGUGUUUUGGAAACGAUGGAUCUACUCCGGUAUGCACAUUCAACACGCACGUGCCAUCAAGGAAAUUCGUUUGAACAUUAAUCAGAACGUGGAAACUAAACGCCAAAGAGAUAUAGUGAGAAUGAUCGGAUCAGUGCUAUCUCUUCUGCGCCAACUAAUUCUAAGUCUCCUUAACCUAUUUGGAAUCAAGGAUUUAUAUGAAAUGAAGUCGAUCCAUGUCCAAGCCGAUGAACUUCUACGUAUCAUGUGCAAGGAGGUAGCAAUUUCAAAUACUGAACAAAGGAAGAAAGGUUCCGUUAACGUUUAUGAUGCCAUCUUCUAUGCUAUAAAGAGGGGGAUUUUUGAAUUUGUUUUCGAAAUAGUCAAAGAAAGUCCAGAUCUUGUGUGGAGCUAUGACGGCGAACGUGUUUCAACUAUAUUUUCUGCUGCUGUCUUACAUCGUCAACCUAAAAUAUUUAGCCUUAUAUAUGGGCUUGAUGUGAAGAAUGUUCUAACGUAUAAGCAUGACAACCAAAAAAAUAACAUAUUACAUAUGGCCGGGAUGCCAGCACCUUCGACUCUGGCUAAUCGCGUUGCCGGUGCAGCUUUGCAAAUGCAAAGUGAACUACAAUGGUAUAAGGAGGUGGAGAGCAUUGUCCAUCCCAAUACUAAAGAAGCUUUUAACGAUGAUGGUAUAUGCCCACCAGAAUUGUUUACGAAGAACCACAAGGACCUGAUGAAAGAGGGAGAGCAAUGGAUGAAGGACACCGCAACUUCUUGUACAGUGGUAGGCGCUCUCAUUCUUACCAUUAUGUUUGCUGCAGCCAUUACCGUUCCAGGCGGUAACGACCAAACAGGCCUCCCAAUGUUCUUAAAGAAAAAGGUGUUUAUGCUCUUCAUAAUAUCUGAUUCCCUAUCACUCUUUUCUUCGUCAACUUCAGUGUUGAUGUUUUUGGGAGUCCUCACGUCACGUUACGCGGAAGACGAUUUCCUUAAAUCCUUGCCAACAAAGAUGAUAAUAGGCCUUUCCACACUCUUCUUCUCCAUUGCAACCAUGAUGAUAGCCUUUUCUGCUGCUCUUUUAAUUAUUUUGCGUGGGGAUACAUGGCUUGUCAUUCCUGCCAUUUGUUUGGCUAGUGUUCCUGUCACCCUGUUCGUAUGGAUGCAGUUCCCACUUCUUGUGGACAUGUCCAUUUCAACUUACGGACCAGGUGUCUUCGAUAGGAAAAAGAAACGUUGGUUCUAACCCCUACAUAUAUUGUGAUAUACCAAUCACUUUUGGAGAAUUUUUUCUUUUCUUAUUUUUUUGGACGGAUGACUGAAGAAUUUUCAGUUGGCUCAUGUUGCUAAUGCAUUUCAUGUUUUUAUGCUUUUAUAUUUUUUAAUUUGCUAGCUUUCUUUGGAUACUUUGACAAAGGAUAAUACUUCUUAAUUCAA